AUGUUUGAAGCUUCCAUGAACUUUUUUGUUUUAUUUACAUAUUCUGACCCCUGUGAAUGUUUAAUCCAAGUUUGGUUAGUUUAUUUGCUUAAAAUGCCAUCCUAUAUUUAUACUUGUGCUUCUCCUCUGUUCCAUUUUUUUAUAAUGAUUGAACGUGUUUUGGCUACUGUUUAUGCUAAAAUUUAUGAAAAUCAAAGCAAAAUGUUUGGUGUUGUCAGUACAAUAAUUGUGGUAAAAUUUUAUGGCUAA